AUCACUUCUACUAUCUGUCUAUUUCUCUCUAUCUUUCUUUCACAUGAGUUUUGUUCUCUGAUUUCUUUAACAUCAUUUCAAUGGCAGCAAUUAUCCCCUGUCACUGCUUUGCUUCUGCAGCCACUACCCCUACAUUGUUCAACUCCAAUACACGCUUUAAACGUCUUACAUACCCAAUUUCUCUUACCAAUGCUGGACUUCGAGGUUUCAAUAAUCGUUGCUCUUACCAACCACCCCAACAUUCUGAAUUUCAGAACAAACAUGAAGGGAGGUCAUUUUCCUUCAAGAAUUGCGCGAUAUCUAUAGCACUUGCGGUUGGGUUAAUAACAGGAGUUCCUACAUUGGGGUGGCCUACCAAUGCCAACGCAGCUAACCCUGUGUUGCCUGAGCUGUCCGUAUUGAUAUCCGGCCCUCCGAUUAAGGACCCUGGGGCAUUGUUGAGAUAUGCUCUUCCUAUUGACAAUAAGGCAAUUAGAGAAGUACAAAAACCACUUGAAGAUAUUACAGAAAGUCUCAAGAUUGCUGGAGUCAAGGCACUUGACUCUGUGGAAAGAAAUGUGAGGCAGGCAUCUCGAACCCUCAAGCAAGGGAAGACUUUAAUUGUAUCAGGUUUAGCUGAAUCAAAGAAAGAACAUGGCGUUGAACUGCUCAAUAAGCUGGAAGCUGGUAUGGACGAGCUUGAACUGAUAAUACAGGAUAGGAAUCGAGAUGCAGUUGCACCAAAACAGAAAGAGCUUCUUCAAUAUGUUGGAGGUGUUGAAGAAGACAUGGUUGAUGGCUUCCCAUAUCAAGUACCUGAGGAAUACCAAAAUAUGCCUUUAUUGAAGGGGAGAGCCGCGGUGGAUAUGAAGGUCAAAGUUAAAGACAAUCCAAACCUGGAUGAAUGUGUUUUCCACAUAGUUCUUGAUGGUUAUAAUGCCCCUGUAACUGCUGGAAAUUUUGUUGACUUGGUAGAAAGGCACUUCUAUGAUGGCAUGGAAAUCCAGAGAGCUGAUGGGUUUGUUGUCCAAACUGGUGACCCUGAAGGCCCUGCUGAAGGUUUUAUUGAUCCAAGUACAGAGAAAACCAGGACAAUACCAUUAGAAAUUAUGGUGGUUGGGGAAAAGGCACCUGUCUAUGGAGCAACUCUAGAGGAGCUUGGUCUAUACAAGGCUCAAACAAAGCUUCCGUUUAAUGCAUUUGGAACAAUGGCAAUGGCAAGAGAUGAAUUUGAGGACAACUCUGGCUCUAGCCAAGUAUUUUGGCUAUUGAAAGAAAGUGAGCUAACUCCAAGUAAUGCAAACAUAUUGGAUGGUAGAUAUGCAGUCUUUGGCUAUGUAACAGAAAAUGAGGAUAUCUUGGCAGAUCUCAAGGUUGGUGAUGUUAUAGAAUCUAUUCAAGUAGUCUCUGGCUUGGAUAAUUUGGUGAAUCCAAGCUACAAGAUUGCUGGCUAAGGAUCUUUUUGUGCUUAAUGCUAUUGAAUGCUGCACAUGAGUGUUUGUUAGCACUUGCUUCAAGGCUAUUAGGGAAUGGAGGCUGUGACAUUGCAAUGUUCACUUCACCAAGUUUGUUUCCAUUGUUCUUAGAAACCAGUACUCAUUUUAGGAGAACUUAGCAUUCAGUUAAACAGCUUGAGAUUGUUUUCUGUUUUAAGACUUAUUUGGCAACGGCUUGUAACUUUCAUCCAAUCAAUUCAUCAAUAAAAUUAUGAUUGUUCAGUCAAGAAAUUGAUAGGUCAUACUGUUUCUGAUUUUCAUGUACUGGAACUACUCAUAUGAGAAGAGAUAUUACUUUUUAUUUUAU